AUGCUAGUUUUCGCCACAACACUGGCUCUUAUUAAAGGCCACAGAGACACAGUGUGUGGGACAGCUUACUCCGGGGCUGCGUUUCACAUCAUACCACCACCAUCAUACCAGCUCUCCAGAGCCAGAGCACCCUACGUGACCCUGGUUUGCGGGGAGAGUAAUGGGCGCGUGGUUACGUUAGCUACGGCGCCACCCUGCCGCAAACACCCGCCGGUAUGCGCGACCAUACACAGGCUCCAGGAGGAUGAGGAAGAGGAGGUAGAAGAGGAGAUGAGGAAGAGAAGGAUAAAUGAGGAGGUUGAAGUGGUGGAUGAGAAGGAGGUGGAAGAUGAGGAGGAUGAAGAUGAAUGGGAGGAAGAGGAAAAGGUGAAGGAUGAGGUAGAAGAGGAGGAGAAGGAGGACGAGGUGGAGAAGGUGGAAGAUGAGGAGAAUAAGAAGGAGAUGGAUAAUAAGAAGGAUGAUGUAGGGCAGGAGGAGGUUGAAGAUAGUGAGGAGGUGGAGGUGGAUGAUGAGGAGAAUGAGGUGGAACAGGAGGAGGUGGAUGAGGAGCAAGAUGAGGAUGAGGAAGGUGAGGAGAAUAAGCAGGAGGUGGAGAAUGAGGAGGAUAAGGUGGAUGAGGAGAAGGAUGAGGAAGGUGAGGAGAAUAAGCAGGAGGUGGAGAAUGAGGAGGAUAAGGUGGAUGAGGAGAAGGAUGAGGAAGGUGAGGAGAAUAAGCAGGAGGUGGAGAAUGAGGAGGAUAAGGUGGAUGAGGAGAAGGAUGAGGAAGGUGAGAAGAAUAAGCAGGAGGUGGAAAAUAUGGAGGAUGAGGUGGAAGAGGAGAAGGACGAGGAAGAUAAGGAGAAUAAGGAGGAGGUGGAAAAUAAGGAUGAGGAAGAUGUGGGGGUGGAAGAAGUGGAGGAUGAGGAGGAGCUGAAGGAUGAGGUGGAAAAAGUGGAAGAUGAGGUGGAUGAUGAAGAGGAUUGGAGCAUGACGUGGAAAAGGAGGACGAGGAUGAGGAGGAAAAUGAAUGGGGUCAAGUCUUUUUACGAGUACUGUCUAAAACGACACUGA